CCGAAUUGGACGCACUCUCUCUCUCCUCCAUCCUCACACGCGGCAGGAGCGUCCUUUGCGCUAUCUCUCUUUUCUCUCACACGCAAAAAGCACCCGUUCUUGUUCUCUGCUUUUGCUGCAAGUCUUUCGGUAUUCUCUUUCUUCCAGUCUCUGCAAGAUGGAUCUGCUCUCUCUCUCCUGUUGUCUCCUUGCCAUCUUCUUGUCUCUGAGCCCAGCACUCUCCACCAACUCGGAAGGAAAUGCUUUGCAUGCCUUGAGAACCGGGCUCUCAGAUCCGAACAACGUGCUUCAGAGCUGGGACCCGACUCUGGUCAAUCCCUGCACUUGGUUCCAUAUCACUUGCGACUCCAACAAUCAUGUGAUUAGAUUGGAUUUGGGUAAUUCUAAUGUCUCUGGGACUUUAGGGCCAGAGCUUGGCCAGCUGAAGCAUCUCAAAUACUUGGAACUUUACAUGAAUAGCCUGUCGGGGGAAAUUCCGAAGGAGUUGGGUAAUUUGAAGAAACUGGUUAGCUUGGAUAUGUAUGGCAACAAAUUGGAAGGACAAAUACCAAAGGCCUUUGCUAAGCUGAAGUCACUUAGAUUUCUCCGUCUCAACAACAAUAAGCUCACGGGAACGAUCCCGAGGGAACUCACCGCCCUCUCUGACCUCAAAGUAUUUGACGUUUCUAACAAUGAUCUCUGUGGAACGAUUCCCGUGGAUGGUCCAUUCGCCAAUUUCCAAAUGGAAAGCUUUGAGAACAACCGGCUCAAUGGACCGGAGCUGCAAGGACUAGUGCCAUACGACUUUGGAUGCUGAUGAAAGCUGGCUUGCCUUGAUAUCAUGUCUAGGACCCUAAAUUUAAGUUGCUGGUAAUUAAAAAUUCGUCAAGCUCAGGCGAUCUCGGAGACAUAUAGAGCAACAAUAGUCGUGUUAAUAGUCAGAAGUCGGAAUGUACUUGCAAGUUAGCUGAAUAAAAGUACCGGCACUUGAUAAUGUAUUACAACAUUCGGACCGCGUGAAUGCCAACACUUAGUAUGAUGCAGUAUAUUGGUUAAUUACAACAA